GAGCUUUGCCACACUGCCUUCAUCCAGCACAGGAGGAAGAGCAGAGGCAGAGCCUGCCAGAGCAGCAGAGUAUCUGCCGAGGGUAAGGCUGCAUCUCGCAGUCCCAGCCUCGAGGUGCUUUUUACUGCUUUUGCUCCCUCCUUCAGAUCAUCCUAGAUACUACCCUAGCAAGCAACAAGAAUGGAUGUCUUUAAGAAAGGUUUCUCCAUUGCUAAAGAAGGUGUGGUGGCUGCUGCAGAAAAGACCAAGCAGGGAGUGACAGAGGCUGCAGAGAAGACCAAAGAAGGGGUAAUGUAUGUAGGCACCAAGACCAAGGAGGGCGUAGUGCAAAGUGUGACCUCAGUUGCUGAGAAGACCAAAGAGCAGGCCAACGUGGUGGGAGAAGCUGUCGUAGCCAGUGUGAACACAGUGGCAAACAAGACUGUAGAAGGAGCAGAGACCAUCGUGGCCACUACAGGAGUUGUAAAAAAGGAGGACCUGGCUGCGCCCGAGCAGCCCCGGCUGGAGGGAGAGGGGGCCCCGGCCAGCGCUGGCGGAGAGGGUGAAAUUGAAGGUAAUCCAUCAAGUUAGGGAAUUCUUGCUCAAAAGAGACCGUUCCAAAAGCAUACAUGGAAAUAUUAGCUGACACCACAACAGGAAAAUCCCACUGUCCAUAGACUAACUACAUUCAGCUCUGUAGUCUUGCACUUGCCUCAUAAACCAGUUGUACAAUAUAUGUAAGCCAGACUCCUCUAAUUGUAAGUAACUUCAGGUGUGUACUGGGCUGUGUGUCUUUCCCAGCCUCCCUCCUGGCCUCCCAGUUGCUUUGUAUGUUUUGUUUGGACUCACGAAUCUGUGUCUUGCAUCCAUAUGCACUGGCACUUGGGAUCUCUACGC